AUGGCGCGGCUGGUUCAGUCGCGAGAGGUCGCACAACCCUCGACUGGUUUGUCGAAAGGUCAAGGGGUUUGGACGGGCAGUCCUAUGCGGAGGCGUGUCACCAGAAGCCAGAGCCGAGAGUUGGAGGGACUUGGGACUCAACAGGCUCCUCGUGGUCAUGGUGAGGAUGGCGAGCCGUCGGCAGGUGCCGGUCGGAGAAGGUGGGGGGCCCAAAGUAAGGGACGGGUGAGCGGGAAGGGCUUGGAUGUUGUGGUCGAAGAAUCCCCUCAAAGGUCGGCUCAGAAGAGUGGCCCGCAGUAUGGGAACCAAGUUAUUCCUGAGACUCCGGAGGAUGAACACAACAUCUCGGGUACUACUAUUUUGCCUUCAGAACCGGACAAUGAUCUGGAUGUCGAUAUUAUGGUCGAGGCACUUCCGGACUUGGAGCGUGCAGCUGCCAAUGUGCUCGAUUUCCUCGUUCCUGGGUCAGCAGAUCCCGUCAGCAUCAUGAGCACGGCAAAGAAGCUGAGGGAUCCUGCUGGCACUCAGAGUAGACGGUUGCAGCGAUCUGUGACCAAUCUGAACCAUGAAGCAAAGUACUUUGGCCAGAAGAGCCCUCUGACUUAUCUCGACGUGGAGCAUAUUGUGGACGUCAGUGGACUUGAAGACUACUCGAAGCCUGUCCUCUACAAAGCCAACUGUGCUCGGUUUGCGUUGCGAAUGCUCCUGGCUACACCUGGUACUGAAUCCUCCCCAGAGCAGGCAAUUUCUACCAUCCACGAUGAGUUUCCUUCACCUUUCAUGGCAAAUCUGGUUGAACAGGGUGUUCAGAAGUCCGUUGAUGAAAGCUACCUGGAAAAGGAGACUUGGGAGCUGGCUCUAGAGAUUCGCACGCAGUACUUGAUAAUGCAGCUCGAAGCACAUCAGGAUGAUGAUGACUUUGACCCAGUCGAGAUACUGACAACUGGCUUUUUCUUGGACGUGCCCAAGGACGCACCAAGUGAUGCCGAACGUCGGUUUCGCGGCUUCAGUCUGGAAAGAUUCACUGACGCUAGAGGGGAACUUCCGUCUAGAUAUCGGAGUGAUGUUGAAAGCCGUUUUGAUGAUAUGCGUGUCGUUCUGGAAGUCGACGGUACUAUCGGUGCGCUCAAGGGUGACUACCGCUGGCAGAAGUUCGUCAUGCAGGCCGCCCGAUGGAUUCGCAAGAGAUGUGACGAGGUAAACAAUGACUUGAAAGGCCAAAUAAGCUCCAUGGACAUGCAUGAAAGCUUUUACACCAUUGCAAAGUCACGCCAAAGUAUAGGCGGCACUCCGUCAUUGUCCACACCUAGUGGGCGCUUUUCUAAUCGUCUAUCCACAACUGAAAAUACAGCACGCAGGUCUGCUACUACUUCAGGUACGCCACAGGUCUCGCAGCCUUCAUCGCAAGCAAGGCCUUCUGCGACCGCUUCUGCGACUGCACAAAAAGUCAUGACACCCAUGUCUGCCCAGAACCCUUUCCACACUGUCCCUGAAAUCAUUGAACCGGAGAGAAGCGUGCCCAGAGUCCCUUCAGUAGCUCACGAUGUUUUGCCUCCUGCUGUCACAGAGCCCUCCGAGACCAGGCCUCAGAAGAAGUUUCGUAAAUACCCCUUUAAUAACCGAGACGCUAUCGCCCGGAUGGGCCAACGAAGGCAAGAGCUUCGUCAUUCAGUUGAUGCGUCAAGCUCUCGCCGACAAUCUGACUCAGUCAGAUUCAAUACUGCCGAGGUGGCAGAGCAAUCUGCAGCCGACAGGCGACAGACUGUGUCUGCAAUCCCACCUCGGCGGAGCUCAACGACCCCAGCACCGCCCAACGAGGCGCAGACUACCUUUGACGCUUCUCGCACGCUCGUAAAUGAUGAAACGCAGGUUAACAAUGACACUGAAGCCUAUGAGGAUACCCAGUUGAAUGAUGGCGAUGAGACGCAUGAAGAGACGCGGUUGAACGACGAACAUACAACGGCCGAAGACACUGAGGUUUUCGUGUACGAUGAACCUCUUGAUAUAAGUCAGCAUACUGAGAACCAUCCGGAGAGGUCCCACAGUCCUCCGAUGAAUCGGUCCGUCCCGAGACCCCGCCGAGAGCCUGCUUCUACACUGGCGCCUCCUAGAGUGGAGAACAACCUUUCGCUUCCCUCAAGCAGGGAUGUCUGGAACAUGGCGAAUUCUCGAUCGCGGGCUACUCCAGAUGCCUCUAAUAACUCCCGACCUGCGUUCAUCGACCGCCAGGAAAAUGCAGUGCGCGUUUCUCCGGUUAGCCAGACAUCGGGUCCGAGAAGUGCAGAACGGAGGCCUCGUGGACGGCCCCCCAAACGCAGACGCGAAACUGAGUCUGUCUCUGAGAGCGAAGAGGAAUAUGAUACUGAUGACCGUGAGGUAGCCACGGAACGUCGGCGUGCCCAAAAGCCCGUGCAGGCGCGACAAAGCAAGCGCGCAAGGGUAGACAGCGGCCGCGAAGAAGCUGAGGGUGAGGCCCAGGGCCGACGUCGUUCCGGAUCGCAGGAAGCUGCUGGCUCGCCAGUUCGCGCACAGGCCCGGUCGCCACAGAGGGAUGACCGGCGGGCGAUGCCACCACCGGGACCUAAGCGGAGAACCAGAGGCUGGACAGAGGCCGAAGAUGCCCGGUUGAUACGCUUGAUCGAAGAGCAUGGUGUUUCGUGGACAAAGAUCGAAGACGAGAACGCGAUACAGCCUGAAAAGGAAGGAGAAUCUCGAUUCGAAAACCGAAACCAGGUGCAAAUAAAGGACCGUGCGAGGAACUUGAGGAUCAAAUUUCUCCGGGAGUCCCUACCGAUUCCCAAGAACUUUGUAGAUGUGACGAUGAAGGAGGUAGACAGGGAGAAGCUCCGGAAACAAGAUAUUGACCCGGAUCGUAAGGAAUAA